GCAGCAAAGCAAGUCUGUUUGGUUUUGGCUCAUCCACUGAAACAUUGAGUCGUGAAGAAGACAUGGCAAUUCUCAGCAACGUCUCGUUUUCCCGCAGCAACGUCUAUCUAAAACCAUCUCUCUCUCAUCUCCCUAGCUCUCCUUCUUCUCGUCAUCAUUGUCUCAUUCGCUGCUCACUGCAGGAAGGGAAAGAAGUGGUGAGUCCAUUGGUCUGGUCAUUAGGAGAGGAGGUUUCAAAGAGAAGCUUACUUGCACUUGUCUCUGCUUCUCUCUUCGUUGUUGAUCCUGCCCUUGCUUUUAAGGGUGGAGGUCCCUAUGGACAAGGAGUCACCAGGGGACAAGACUUAUCCGGCAAAGACUUCAGUGGCCAGACUCUGAUCAGGCAGGACUUCAAAACGUCCAUCCUUAGGCAAGCCAACUUCAAGGGUGCUAAGUUGUUAGGUGCUAGCUUCUUUGAUGCAGACCUAACAGGUGCUGAUUUAUCCGAAACUGAUCUCCGAGGUGCAGAUUUCUCCUUGGCUAACGUAACAAAGGUGAAUUUAACAAACGCUAACUUGGAAGGAGCAACUGCUACUGGAAACACAUCAUUCAAGGGAUCAAACAUUACAGGCGCAGAUUUCACUGAUGUUCCUCUAAGAGAUGACCAACGAGAAUACCUUUGCAAAAUCGCUGAUGGGGUUAAUGCGACCACUGGGAAUGCCACACGGGACACAUUGCUCUGCAACUAAACUGUCAAGUGUAAACCUUUGUCUUCUUCAUCUGAGUUUUUGUACAAGUUUUUUUGUGUGUGAAUGAUGUUGUUGCAGAGUGAGUGUGUAUAUAAAUAUGCUUACUAAGUUACUAUACUCAAAUUUGACAUUGAGAGAUUAUGUAUGCUACUUUACUUUCGGCCUACAAAACAGUAUAUAAAGUUUGGAACUGUACUUGUAAAAUCA